CUCAAAAUUCAAAGAAAACAUCCUUAAAAUCAUGGACACACUACACUUGCUCUGCUUUAUCAUCUUCCUGGCUCUUCCCCUUAGACUUACAAGCAAACAAUAUUCCGGAGGCUUCAACGAAGACUACGAUGGCCCUUUUGAGGUGCAAGAAACAGACGAAGAAGAUGAGUUUGAUGAGUUCUUGAACUUGCCAAAUUGGGAAAGUGGUGGUCGGAAGAAGGAUGUCUCAAACGUGGAAGCAUUUGGAGCAAUUGGAGAUGGAGUCUCCGAUGAUACUAAGGCAUUUGUAGGUGCAUGGGAGAAAGCUUGUUCUAAACGUGGAAAUUCAAUUUUCUUGGUUCCAAAAGGGAAAAGAUAUCUAGUUAGUGCAAACAAAUUCAAAGGGCCUUGUGCUGGCCAGUUAGUAAUCCAGAUCGAUGGAACUAUAGUAGCACCGGAUGAUCCAAAAAUAUGGGACCCAGACCAUCCUCGAAUGUGGCUCGGAUACUACAAUUUGAGCAAUGUAUUUUUUCAAGGGAAAGGAGCAAUUGAUGGCUCGGGCAGCAAAUGGUGGGCAGCUUCUUGCAAAAGGAACAAAUCCAAUCCUUGCAUAGGAGCUCCAACGGCAUUGACCAUAGAUUCUAGCUCGCGUGUUAGGGUGAGAGACUUGACAGUGAAAAACGGACAACAAAUGCACUUUACCAUCGCAUGGUCCGAAACUGUCCGAGUAUCUGGCGUGACAGUUUUGGCCCCAGGGAACAGCCCCAACACUGAUGGGAUUCACGUCACUUCCUCGAAAAAUGUAGUGUUGCAGAACUGUGUGAUUGGAGCAGGUUGGCAUCUUGCUUUGCGUUUCAUCAUGUUGAUAUUUGAGCUGAAGGGCAAUCAAAUGUUGUUUUGUAUCAUGGUUUGUGUAUUGAUAUUUAGGUGAUGAUUGCAUAUCCAUUGUGAGUCAUAGCUCGAAUAUCAAGAUGAAGAAUAUAUAUUGUGGGCCCGGUCAUGGGAUAAGGUAAAAUUAAUGCAAAGGGCAAACUAAUAUACGAUCUUUAUCAUUAUUUUCAAGAAAAUGUCCUAAUGUAUGGCUUAUAUUGAACUUAUUACUAA